CCCACAAGAAGGACAACAAAAGUACAACACCCUAUUACACACCCAUAGCAAGACAAAAGUUAAUUGUUUUGGUUGGAUGGAUUUCGAAUUUUUAGGAUGAAAACAUUCCUUAUCUGUGGUUCUCAACUAUCUUAAGUGUAGAAAUUAAUUGUAGCUUGUAGGUAUAUGUAUGUACCAGUGUUAAAAGCCUCUCUCUGUCAAAAACAAGACCGUUCGGAUCUUGUACACGAGUAUAUAGGAACAAAACCAUGGCUACGGAAGGCAAACCUGAUCCGGAUCCAGCCUCAACUGAUUUGUGGCCAUCAAGAAUAAAGGAAGAGUUAGCUUUAUUGUAUGCUGAGGGCUACUUUUACGACUGCACAUUUGAAGCAGGUGGUGGAACUACAUCCAAGGUCUUCAAGUGCCACAAAUUGAUGCUGGCAAGAGCGAGUCCUUUUUUUGCAAAAAUGCUGUAUGGGUACUUCAGUGAGUCGUUCAGAGACAAAGAUGACCCCAUUCAAAUCAGCCAUGUUCAACCUGAGAUCUUUGAUCUGGUGAUGAAAUAUAUUUACGGUGGUGAAACUGACUUCAAAGAUGUGGAAUCAGCCUGCAAAGUCUAUGUAAUUUCUCACGAGUGGCUGAUGAACGACUUAAUGAAAGCUGCCAAGGAUUUUUUUAAAACGCCCAGUCCUGGAGAUGUCAUCAGCGUGCAUGAAAUGUACAAAUCCUUGAACGAUAAGUCGCACUCUACAUCGCUUCUUGCUGAAAUUGCCUCUAAUGCGAGUGCUGUUCUAAAGUCAACUGCUUGGUUGAAAUCGUCUGCAUCUACGGUGCAUGAAAUUUUUCAAAUGAAGCAUCUGAAGAUUGAUUCUGAAAAAGAACUAUUUGAAGCUUUGUAUGCUUGGGGAGCUGCUGGUUGUAACAAGCAGAAUGAGGAGAAAAUCUAUGUGGAAGAAAUCAGAGCUAAGACAAGGGAUGCUCUGAAACUAAUCCGCUUCAUGACAAUGGAUGCAGAUGAAUUUGGAGAACUUUGCAAAUCUGACUGUGCCAAAAUGAUGACCGACGAAGAUAAGGUGAAAGUUUUCAUGAGCAUAAACUUGGCAGACAAAAGCCUCUUGCCUAGUGAAUUUGCAGCCGUGCAGUACUUUAGAAAAUUAGAAAGCAAAGAAUUGCACAAGUUUACUAUAGUUAAUGUUAGUUCAGGCACUUACAGUGCAAUUCAAUUGAGCUGCAGCAGCACUAAAUCAGAUUUCAUAUUUGCAUGCCAAAAUAGCAACUAUUACUUAGAAGGUGUUCGCCUCGAAUGCUUACUCCAAGGAUCAGAUGUAGACCUCAUUUGCAAUGUUACUGGUGCUCACUCACCAAGAGUACUUUCUUCUAUUUCUUUAAGAGGACAGUUUCAAAUAAAGGGUUCGAAAUGGUUAACUUUCCCACAACCAGUGCAUCUUAAAGCAAAUGUCUUUUACACCAUAUCUGUUCAAUAUUUACAAACGAAUCUUGUAAACUCCAUCUCAUCCAAAUGGGGUCAAAGGUUAGUUUGGAAUAGCUGCGACUUAAACCUGUUACUGCCAAAUUUAAAUAAUGUUCUGGUAGACUUCAGUGGAUUGGCUGCUUUCAGGUGCCCAAAAUAGUUUGUAUCAAAUCUCUUGGCAAAUAAAGAGUAAAAAAAAAAAUCAAAUUUUAUGCUAACUAUAGUAUUAGUAGCUGAAGAAACAUAUGAAGCAAUGAGAAUUAAACAGUGCAGGGCCAGACUGGGGCUCUGCGGCCCAUCAGGCGAUAUCAUUAAGGGAGAGGGUCCAGUUCGGCAGUACAUUUUACAUCACAAGACUUUAUGUUCAAUUUUGCCACAGCCCAUAAUUAUACUGACUGCCCCACCAUCCGCAGUCUAGGCCCGGGAUGAUGAAUAACAUAUUUAAAAAAAAAAUUCAGAAAUGUUCUACUCAUCAUCCUUUUCCUAACUUAAUCUUAUAAUAAUUCAAAUUUAAAACAAAAUCAAUAUCACCUUCACUAAAAUGCCUUGCAUUGUUGAAGAAACUAUAAGUGCAGCAAAAAUGAAAAAAUAAUGCAGAAAUUUAUUUUCAAUUGGAUGGAUAUUGAUGCCUCAAAACUGCUUGGCCUUUUUAUUGAAACAGGCGUAUUACAACAUUUAAUUCCGCGCUCAAGUUUAUUAUAUGUUAUGAAAGUAAUCAAAUUAUUAUAUAAUAUCAAUGACUUCGAUCACUAAAAGAAUCCAGCCAGCAGACCCUGUAUUUUUAGGCGAAUCUUUUCUAUUCGAGAACCACCUUGAACUUUUUACAUACAAAAAUCAAUUAAAAAAUCUCAACACAAAGUAUGGUUUGGCGCAAAUAAAUUAUGUUCCCAUGUACAUGCAUUCAAAUAAAAAACUUCAAGCAGCUCAUUUGUCUUUGCUGUUCAACUCGACAGUGGUGUUUUUCUGCUCCUCUG